UUAUAAAUCGCCCCCGCCCGCUGCUCGGCUCCGAAUUGAUGUCCGCAGGAGGCUAAAAGGAGCGCACCCCGUGGACACUCCCUCUUUUCCUCCUUGGCCGCGGCGGAGGCGGCAGCAGCAGCAGCAGCAGCAACAGCAAAGACUGCCGCGGCUGCAGCGGCAGAGGAGAGCAGCACGCGUCCGGGAGACGCCGCAGCGGGCUCCCGGGACACUCACCAGCCGACUGGAGGCAGGCGCGGGUUUGAGGAUUAAGAAGUGGAUGGUUACGCUUUUCUCCGAGCCGAGCAGCCACGCUGCCUAGCGCGACAGAGAAACUUUGGGGACCAGGAACCGAAGGCGCUGGCGGAGUUGAGCCGCAGCGCAAGGGGGCCCAUCCGGCUUUAUUUAUUGGCGUCUCUGGGAAAAGAAGGGACAGACAUCUAUCUGCCUCGCAGCGUCCCUUACCAUGUUCAGCUGGGUGGUCACCGGGGCCGCGUUCUCCGUCCUAUUGGGCUGUCUGCUUCUCACAGGAUCCAGCUCAGGGUCAAAAUUGAAAGGACCUGAACUAAGUUUAAAAGGCACACAAUAUGUCGUUCAAGCUGACCAGACGUUAUAUCUUAAAUGCAGGGGGGAAGUGGCCCAUUCAUGGUCUUUGCCUAAGACUGUGAGUAAAGAAAGCAAAAGACUAAGAGUCACCACAUCUGUCUGUGGGAGGAAUGGUAAACAGUUCUGCAGCACUCUGACCCUGGGCAGGGCACAGGCCAAUCACACGGGCUACUAUAGCUGCCGAUACUUGUCGACACCUGUUUCAAAGAAAAAGAGAACAGAAUCUACAAUCUAUGUAUUUAUUAAUGACACAGGCCAUCCAUUUGUAGAGCCUUACAGCACCAUGCCUGAAACUGUACAUAUGACCGAAGGACAGGAAAUGAUUAUUCCCUGUCGAGUUUCAGCACCAGACAUCAUGGUUACAUUGAAAAAGAUUCCUGAUAUGAAGACCCUGAUUCCUGAUGGGACAAUAAUCUGGGACAAUAAGAGGGGUUUUAUUAUACCCAAGCCAACAUACAGAUUUAUAGGACUUCUGAGCUGUGAAACAACAGUCAAUGGCCAUUUAUACAGCACAAAUUAUCUAACAUAUCGACAAGACAACACAAUCAUUGAUGUCCAGUUAAGUACACCAAAUCCAAUCAAAUUAUUGAAAGGUCAGACUCUUGCCCUCAAUUGUACUGUGACUGCUGCCUGGAACACCAGAGUUCAGAUGACUUGGAAUUAUCCUGGUGAAGCAAAUAAUAGAGCUUCUAUAACUCCACGGUUUGAUCCAAGUAAUUCCCAAGCCAAUGUAUUUUACAGCACUCUUAUAAUUGACAAAGUACAAAGCAAAGACAAAGGACUUUAUGUGUGUCAGGUGCAGAGUGGACCAUCCUUCAAAUCUGCUAAUACGACGGUACAUGUAUAUGAAAAACCAUUUAUCACCGUGAAACAUCGAAAACAGCAGGCGCUUGAAACAAUUGCAGGCAAGCGGUCCUAUCGGCUUUCUAUGAAAGUGAAGGCAUUUCCCUCGCCAGAGGUUGUAUGGUUAAAGAAUGGGCUACCUGCUACUGAGAAAUGUGCUCGAUACGUGGCCCAUGGCUAUUCACUGAUUAUCAAGGAUGUGGCAGAAGAAGAUGCAGGAGAUUAUACAAUUUUACUGAGCCUAAAAAUGGCAAAAAUAUUCCAAAAUCUAACAACCACUCUCAUUGUAAAUGUGAAACCCCAAAUUUAUGAAAAAGCUGUGUCAUCAUUCCCAGACCCUAAUCUCUACCCAUUGGGUAGCCAGCAGAGCCUGACUUGUACUGUUUAUGGUGUUCCCCAACCUACAAUUAAAUGGAUUUGGCAUCCUUGUAGCCAAAACUAUUCCAAAGCAAGGUAUGACUUUUGCUCUAGCAGUGGCAGAUCUUUCAACUUGGACACUGACAGCAACAUUGGAAAUAGAAUCCAGACCAUCACUCAACGUAUGGCCAUAAUACAAGGAAAGAAUAAGAUUGCAAGCACUCUGGUCGUGGCUGACUCUAGAGCUUCUGGAAUCUAUAGCUGUGUGGCUUCCAAUAAAGUUGGACAUGUGGAAAGAAACAUUAGCUUUUAUGUCACAGAUGUGCCGAAUGGAUUUCAUGUUAACUUGGAAAAAAUGCCAGCCGAAGGAGAAGAUUUGAAACUGUCUUGCAUGGUCAGCAAAUUCCUAUACAGAGACAUUACUUGGAUCUUGCUGCGAACGGUGAACAAUCGAACAAUGCACCACAGCAUCAGUAAACAAAAAAUGGCGGUCACCAAGGAGUAUUCCAUCGCCCUCAAUCUCACCAUCAAGAACGUUUCCCUGGAAGAUUCAGGCAUCUAUGCCUGCAGAGCCAGGAACAUUUAUACCGGGGAAGAAAUUCUUCAGAAGAGAGAAGUUACAAUUAGAGGUGAGCACUGCAACAAAAAGGCUGUUUUGUCUCGGAUCUCCAAAUUUAAAAGCACAAGGAAUGAUUGUACCACACAAAAUAAUGUAAAACAUUAAAGGACUCAUUUUUUAAAAAAGUAACAGUUGUCUCAUAUCAGCUUGAUUUCUUGUCACUGUUGCUACCUUUCAGGCUCUGAGGAGGUGCUCCUCCCAAAAGGGGUUUGGAGACGAUGCCAGUAAUAAUGAGACAUCAAAAUAACAACCCAUGGGCUUCCAAUUCAGUUCUAAUGGGUCUGCUUUCUUGGACCAACUUGGUGCACGUUUGGAUUUGGAGGAUCCCUGCCCUGCAUUCUCUGUGUUGUUUUUGUUCUUUGCUGUCUUCUCCUGACUGAGAAGCAACAACUUGGGACUGACCUUUUGCUUCCACUUUGAUGCCAACUUCUUUUUUAAAAAAAAAAAGUGUUAAAGCUGCAUAAACUGAAUAAUUUAAACAAACGAUGGUUUUUGCCAAAGAUGGACAUGAAUAAGUUAAUGUUCCAGCUCACAAUGAGUAUACGGUUGAAUUUGAGACUCUGGACCUCAGCCUAGUUUGGUUUUGCAUUUUUUUUCAUCCUAUCUUGUCUUGUAAAUAUCACCUGCUUAUUAGCACAUUACCAUGCUUAUUUAUUUGAGAUGCUUUUCUACAUUAAGCACAUUAUUUCUGUACUGCAACUUCUAAAUGAGGCCCCAAAGCUGCAAAAUGUUGGUAAAGCUCAGAGAUAUUAAAACUAUGAACCAAUAUUAAGUGCAGAUGGAUGGACUCCAUUGUCUGCAUCUGAUGCACAUCCAGGUAGUUGAUGGACAGUUCCAUUUUGUGCAGAUUCCCAGUCUUCGACUGGGUUCCUGGGCCACAGGUGGAUUAUGCCUCCAAUCUUAUGCUUUUGUCUCCUGUAUGUUCUUUUAAAGGAUUUUGUCAUGUUAAAAUGAUGUCAUUCAAAGACUGACUACUCUCAGUCUAUCAAGGAGGUAAAGGCUAUUAUAUAUCUGGAGGUUUAUUGGUUACUCUAAAUUUAAAAGAAAAAAAGUCCCGCUCUCCCCAUAUGCAAGUGUUAAUAGGAUUUUUUAUGGGGAUUAAGAAAUGGCAAAACUAAAGAAUUAGCAUUAAAGGUCAUUUUCAAAUACACAAACACUCGAGUGUUUUUAGCGUUGGUGGUGGCGGUUGUGGUCGAUUUUUUUUUUUUUUUGCAGGAGAGGUUUUAGUGUCUUAUUAUAAUAAUAAAAAGAAAUCUGCACUUGAGGGGAAAAAAGUGCCUGUUUUCCACAGGUCUGGUAAUGCUUUAUUAUGUUAAUUUCAUUUAUGAUUGAUCAUUAUAUGUACUGGUAUGAGCCAUAGCAAAACAAGCUAUAGUGACCAAAAUAGCCCCUGCAGGGAAACAAAGUAGCUGAGCAGCUAAACAAGGGGUGACAACAUGACAACUUCUCGUGCUUGGGAACUCAGCAGACGGUUUCCUCCUUUAGGUAACCGGCUCUGUCCCACGGCUAAACUUGUCUUUCACAUGGGAAUUGCUUUUGUCAAGUGUGAAAGAGUAAACAAUAGCAUUUCCCCAGAAUGCCAGUUUUAUGGAGCCUAAUAUGCUUGGAAAACAAUUAGUAACCUGGAAGUUGUCAGCCCAAAGGAAAGAAUAAUCAAUUGUAUCUUGAAAUUUUACCUAUAACCCUCUGGCCUAGCUUUUUUGUUCAUUAUAAGUCAGUGUGUUAGCCUUCAGAAAACAAUGCCUUUGUACCACAGAACUUGGGGGCCUUAAAUUCACGCAAAAAAAAAAGUAAAUGAAAGAAUUGGGGCUUGCUUUUGAAAUGUGGUAAACUGGGCCAGCAGUAUUUAGCAUUUUCCUCCCCUGGAAAAAAAAAAAGAGACAUGCAACACUCUCCCUCUUUGGUGGUGGUUGUGGAGAGAAUGAUUUCCAGCAGGGAGGUGGGCAUUAUAAAGGGAUGGGCAUUAUAAGAGGUGGGCAUUGUACUUUAUGAAUUCCAUUGUAACUCUUGUUCACAGGGUAAUUGAUUCUUGCCCAGGGAGCCUCAUAAAAGAAAAAAAAAUUAUAUAAUUUGAUGGGGGGAAGAAGGUGACAAGAAAGAGCAAAGGAAACACUAGAGAUGGACAAGGGAUAUGAGGCUGGUUCCUUAGUCCCUGGACUAUAUGGAGGCCAAGCGCUUUGUAUUUGUGGAAAACUGCUAAAAUCGAUGCUGCCCACAUGGUUCUGGAUGGUUUCUUUGGUCCUCUGGCCUCCGAAAUGGUUGUGAAAAUGCAUCCUCAGAGCAGAAUUUGGGGCCCUCACCAUGAAAAGUAAACAAAAGUAACUACUCAUUAAUAUUCCUAGAAACAUAUGACUUAGAAGAACUGUCUCUAGUGACUGGUAUUCAUCUAGAACAUGUUACUCCUGAACCUCCUCAUCUCGGACUGAACGUCAGCCACAUCUUAUCAUCUUCUGGAAAUUUUUAUCUACUUCAGUCAAGUAGCUUAAACUAAUAAUUACUGUUUCCACGUGCCUUUGUUGUUGAAACUAUCAUAAUAUGUUGUGUUAUAAAAUGGGGACUGACAAAACAUAAUUCCCUGGAUGACUCAUGCAACAAAGUUUGCCCAUCAUAAACUAGCCUAAAGAAAGGCUUUUCACCUGGGAGAACAUUUUUUAGAAACGUGUUCAGAGGAAUAAUCGACUCUGCUGUGUGUUUGUAGCACACCUACACUAACAUGAAACAUAUUUGAGAUUCCCAUAUUUGAUUUUGCAACCAUUCUGUUUCUUCUUGUCUGAGGGCUAGGCCCCAGGGGAAGGGAGUCAGGGAGGGGAAUUCCUCCUAAAGGUAUUUAUUUUUUAAUUAGGAGAUUAUCUUGGGUGCAAGAAAGCUCAAAUCUCAUGUCGACGCUUUCAUAGUUUGUAGCCUUGAAAAUAAUGGUGAUGAUAUGGACACAGAAUUUAGACUUCACUUUAAUAUCAAAGAGAAAAAAAGCAUGAGGGAUGUGAUGUCCUGGAAUGAGGAUAAGGGAAAACGUCCAAGGCGGUAAGGGGCAUAAAUAGAUGGACUAGGCCUCAUUCUUAAACUGGAUUCUUCGAAGUUAGUCCCCACCAUGAAAGUCCCUGGUCAAUGUAUGAAUUCAAAUAAAAAAAAAUUCUAACCAGUCCAAGACGUGGUAGAUGCAAUAUAUGGCUAUUCUUUAUUAUCUUGGCAUGCCUCUUUGACAUGUUUGGGGUCUUGCUGUGGUAACAUGUCAAGCUUGUAAAGAUAAAACAUGGGCAUGGUGUCAUAAAUGGAAACCUUUGAUGUGCAGCUGUGUUUUCAAAUGAAAAAAGCUGCAUGACAGACAUUGCCCAGAAUGCAAAAGAAGGAAUAUAAUAAUAUUUCUGCCUAUGGGGCCCAGUUAGAGGCAAAAACUCCUGGGCUGGCAGAUGAAUGAGUGCAGUCAUCCUGGUCUGAAGAAGGCUGUGGAAAUCAGACCACCUUCUUCUACCCCAGUCAAUACUGUACUUUGCCUUCCAGACUUAGUGUUUUACGAAAGGACAAAGGACUAAUAAGCUACGGAAAUCUAAAUUUAUGGGAAAGUGUUUAUCUUAACAGAUAGUAACCCUGUCAUGUUAUACUGCUUCAGCAAUAUUUUUAAAAAGUUAUGUGGCGGUGUUUUUCACAUAAAAUUUCUAAAUUGCAUUAAUUAGUGGUGAUGCAGAACUUGCCUGAAGGAAUUAAAAAGAGAAGGAUUUGGGGAGUCUUUGGAAUCCCGCAGGGGGCCUCAGAAUUAAUGAAAUCAUUUCAGUGUAUCACCCCUUGCAGCCCCUUAGCUGCCUUCACUGUUACAUUAUACUAAGAGAGGGAAACAAAGCAGUUAGCGAGUGUCAGAGAAAGCUGAUACUGUAUGAGUGAAACCACUGAUGUAGCAUGUGUAAGUUUUGCCAAAGAUGUUUUCAUUUCUGUUUCAGGAUCUGAAGAGGGUGAUUUGGGUGGGUGGGGGAAAGACAUUAGGCACUAUUGUUUUCUUACAUUUUGGAAACUUGGGCUGCCAAUCUAUCACCAGCAUAAACAGAAUGUAUACAUAUCAGCAGGACUGACUUAAUAUUGCCUUUGUAGAGAGACUGUAUUCAUUGGGGGUACUCCUGUCCUUGUGUGGGAUUUUUAAUGUUGUAAUGUAUUGCAUCCUAUGUAUUAGAAUUCAUUUUGUUGUACUAUAUUGUUUGGCAUUUUAUUAAAAUAAAUUGUAUUGUAUCAUAUUUGUAAGUUUUAAGAGAUAAAAUGGAUAAUAUAAAAUAUAAUAUUUGUACUAUUAUAUAGUGCAAAAAACUACAGACCUGUGCCUCUGCCUCUUGAAUUGGUCCUUUGGACUCUCCUGCACUGGGGAAGGAGAGGAGAAGUGGGGAGAAAAUAAUCAAUAAAGCUGCCACACUUAACAAAAUA